AUGUCUUUAAAACUAAAAUAUUUGUCUCAGUUUCCUGUUUUUUUGCAUCAGUACAUUGAUGACAUUGUUGAUAUGGAAGACAAUGGAAAUUAUGGUUUUAGAGUUAUUCCAACUUUACAUGGAUGGAACGAAGAGUCUUGGCAUUUGAUUCAGAUGCAUUUAGAUAUUGAAGUUUAUCAACACCAUCAGUUGUAUUUCAAUUUGUUCUAUGAGACGGUGCCGGAAGUUAGAAGUGCAUUUUUGGUUGAUGGCUUUGGUGUGCAUGGUCGUGAAAAGUGGAUGAUGAUUCCUGAUAUGGGUUACCUUAUUGCUUCUAUAUACAAUGUUAUACCACUCUCGUUGUCCACAAAUCUUGACAUCACAUUCUUCCCAUUAGUGAUAGUUCCAUGCAUAUCGUCAAGUAGUCAUAAAAUGAUUGCAUUAGGUUUUGUUAACAAUAAUCAUUGGGUGCAGGUGAAGUUGAAACCCAAUUGUCCUUUGCCUCCUGUCACAGAACGAUGUAGACAAAAUUGUAGUGAAGUUGCAAAAGCAUGUGAAUCAGCAUAA